GUAGGAGAAGUAACAUCAAAUCAUUUGUAUGGAGUACAAUUUACUGCUUCCCGUCAAACAAUAGAAACUCACACCAAAAUUGUUUUUUGAAUAUUUAAUCGAUUUUGUGAAGAAAAUUCUUCACUCGCCUGCAAUGUACCAACAGCCACGACUCUUCGCCCGUCAAUUGAAUCCCGGCGUCAUACUUACCCAAGAGCUGAAAAUGAAGAUAUUUAACUAUGAGUCGCUCAAUCGCGAGAAGUCCCAGCUGGAGACCGAAAUCAGCCAAAUUCGCAAGCAACAGGAUAGCAUUGAGGACAAGCUCGCCGAGGCGCUGGCCGAGGAUGAAUUCCAGCGCUGCCUGCACGGUCACAUGUCGACCGGUCCCAACGACAACGAGGUGCUCGAAAUAUUCAAGAAGCAUCUCAGCGGCACCAUCGACAAACUGGCCAGCAAGUAUGAGCGCAAAAUUUAUCUGGACAUAGACCUGCAAAAGCUGAAGAUGACCAUCGAAAAGGAAAUUAUGAAAGUCAACGACGAGGCAGCUGCAGCAGAAGCUGCAUGUAACUAACUAAAUAUAUGUGAUCCAUUUAGCACCUGGGUUUUCCAAAACCGGAAUCCAACUGAAAUUUUCGUUGCAAUCAAGACAAGCUCUCACUUUUUGGUACAAAUUCUGAAAUAUGUACGACCUGACUUCAUUCCAUCCAAUUCAAGCUCCUCGCUGAUGUAACAC